CACAGAAAUUCGGGAAAUGCUGUAGCGUUGAGGUUGAAGAAGACAGGUUUCUUCUCUUUUUGUCAGAUAGAAAGUUCACAGAAGGAAAAAUGUCGAUGGUAAGCGAGCACGAAGAGGAAGUGCGUCGGAGAAAGAUUGAAGAAGCCCUCGAAAUCAAAUCUCUUAGGCGUAUCAUCAGUGCCUACGUCAACUAUCCGGAUGCUUCGGAAGAGGAUGUAAAAAGAUAUGAAAGAUCUUAUAAAAGGCUUCCACCUGCUCACAAGGCUCUGCUAUCACAUCUCCCUUCGAAAUUUCAAAGACUAAGACGGUGUAUUUCUAAAAAUUCAUUUUUCAUAUUUAACAUGCUUCGGGCAUUUGAACCCCCGCUUGAUAUGAGCCAGGACAUUGAUGUUUGUGAAGAAUAUCUGGAGAAUGUCCCAGACAAUCAUCACCUCUCUGGAGGAAAUAAUGCUCGCUCUUGUGUGUCAGCCUCAAUGGGUGGAAUUCCGAAAUCUGAUGAAGCUAGUUGUGUGGAUGACAGCAAUGUAAUGUGCAGGCCACUUAAAGGGGUGCCUUUCAAUGAGGGGGCGAAAAUUGAAUUUUUAAAUGAGUCCGAUGCUGGGACCUGCUCUGCAGUCUCAGAAUGUAACAGAAAGAGCGAUGAAGCUGUUGGCAUUGAUUUCAAGGAUGUUAACAAUAUGUCGAUAUCUUAUGCUGUUAAUGAUUCCAAUGGAAAUGUAUCCUCAUCACCUCCUGAUUGGUUGGAUCCGUCAUUGCAGUUGAAUGUUCCUUUAGUUGAUGUGGAUAAGGUUCGUUGUGUUAUAAGGAACAUUGUAAGAGAUUGGGCAGCUGAGGGCCAGAGGGAACGGGACCAGUGCUACAGGCCUAUACUUGAAGAGCUUGAAAGUCUAUUUCCUGACCGACAUAAAGAGAGCCCUCCUGUCUGUUUAGUUCCUGGUGCUGGACUUGGGAGGCUGGCUUUGGAAAUUUCUUGUCUAGGUUUUAUUAGCCAAGGAAAUGAAUUUUCAUACUAUAUGAUGAUCUGCUCGAGUUUUAUUCUAAACCAGUCUGACAGUGCUGGGGAGUGGACAAUAUAUCCUUGGAUUCACAGUAAUUGCAAUUCACUCUCAGACAGUGACCAGCUCCGUUCUGUUUCUAUUCCAGAUAUUCAUCCAGCUAGUGCAGGGAUUACUGAAGGCUUUUCUAUGUGUGGUGGUGACUUCGUUGAAGUCUACAGCGAUCCAAGCCAAGUAGGAGUUUGGGAUGCAGUUGUGACAUGUUUCUUCCUUGAUACGGCACACAAUAUUGUUGAAUAUAUUGAAAUCAUUUCAAGAAUCCUCAAAGAUGGGGGAGUUUGGAUAAACUUGGGGCCCCUUCUGUAUCACUUUGCAGAUAUGUAUGGUCAAGAAGAUGAGAUGUCCGUUGAAUUAAGUUUGGAAGAUAUAAGGAGGGUUGCUUUCUAUUAUGGAUUUCAGUUAGAGAAAGAGAAGACCAUUGAGACAACCUAUACUACAAAUCCUCGAUCUAUGAUGCAAAAUCGAUAUUACGCUGCAUUUUGGACAAUGAGAAAGAGAACAACGGAGGCAACAACUCAGCGGUGCACAACUUAAAUUGAAAUGCUCCUCGAGUUGCAGAAUUAAUGGGUUUCUCUAUAAGAAUCCUUGCAUUGAAGGCCUUUUUUUUUUUUUUUUUAAUCUUCAAAAAGACCAAAAGGGAUAGCUGGAUAUAUAUUUCACAAAUUUCUGCAUCAUGUAAUAGUGCUGAAUUUGCAAAUUAAUCAUGCAUAUAUUAAAAAUCCGCUCGAUGCGUUUAGCGGGAUUAGUAUCGAGUUUAUUGCUGAAAAUAAAUUAAAAAAGAAAAAAGAAAAAGAAGCAGCAAGCAGGCUUAGGUGGUAUGAAGACAUACAGCGAAAACAUGGAGAUGCACUCGUAAGACUAGAAAAAUUAGUUUUACAUGGAAGGAAAGGAACAGGGAGACUAAUGACUGAAACUCCCUCAAUACCUGUGAUGAAGUAAUUAUAAAUUAUUUUUAAACUCCCUCAAUACCUGUGAUGAAGUAAUUAUAAAUUAUUUUUAAACUCCCUCAAUACCUGUGAUGAAGUAAUUAUAAAUUAUUUUUAAACUUUAAAUGUAAGAGGUGACAUGACUUGUGAUAGAAUAGAAAUGAAAAGCAGUAUUUAUGUGUGUUGAAUUCA